AUGUGCAUAGACUAUCUCAUCUACUACCCUGCACGCCAGGGCCAAGAGAUGGACUCGUGCUACGACUUCUGUGCAUCAUACGACAACGAAACACUCGGAUUGAACCCCAACAGCCCAACGCUCUCCAAGUUCUACGUGUGUGGGCCCAACUUCAUCUCCACGUACCAGCCCUGCAAGAUCACAUUCGGCGCCACACACCCAAGAAAGUCGUGA